UUGCAGAUCCGUAGAUGGGCGAGGCACUUCCAUUGUGGUGAAAGUGUUCUGCGUUGGUCCCAUUGGAAGGCAGUAAUUCCAAGCGGAGGAAAGUUGAAACUGAAAUUAGCAACAGUCUAAAGAUGGUGAACGCGAAGCUGAUUCUGCUGUGUCUUGUCACCCUGAGCUCGGCAAAGGCUUCCAUCGUGCACAUCGAAGCCAAUCCCGACGCUAAGCGGUUGUACGACGAUUUGCUGAGCAACUACAAUCGUUUGAUACGGCCCGUGGUGAAUAACACCGAAACGCUGACCGUUUGGCUGGGGCUGAAGCUGUCGCAGCUUAUCGAGGUCAGCCUCCGGAACCAGGUGAUGACGACCAAUCUGUGGGUGAAGCAAAAGUGGUUCGACUACAAGCUCAAGUGGGACCCGGAAGAGUAUGGCGGUGUGGAAAUGUUGUACGUACCGUCGGAGCAGAUUUGGUUGCCGGACAUUGUGCUGUACAACAAUUGGGACGGCAACUACGAGGUGACGCUGAUGACGAAGGCCACGCUGAAGUACACGGGCGAGGUGUUCUGGGAGCCACCGGCCAUUUACAAGUCGUCCUGCGAGAUGAACGUCGAGUACUUUCCGUACGAUGAGCAAACUUGCCUGAUGAAGUUUGGCUCGUGGACGUACAACGGAGCGCAGGUUGAGCUGCGGCACCUCGACCAGAUUCCCGGCAGCAAUCUGGUACAGAUCGGAAUCGAUCUGAGUGAGUUUUAUUUGUCCGUCGAGUGGGACAUGCUGGAAGUUCCUGCAAGCCGCAACGAGGAGUACUAUCCCUGUUGUCCGGAACCGUUCUCAGACAUCACGUUCAAGCUCACGAUGAGACGCAAGACGCUCUUCUACACGGUCAAUCUGAUCAUUCCAUGCGUCGGCAUCACGUUCCUGACCGUGCUCGUGUUCUAUCUGCCCAGCGAUUCCGGCGAGAAGGUCACGCUCUGCAUCUCGAUACUGGUGUCGUUGACUGUGUUCUUUUUGCUGCUGGCCGAAAUCAUCCCUCCCACGUCACUGGCGGUGCCACUUCUGGGGAAGUAUCUGCUCUUCACGAUGAUCCUUGUGUCGCUGUCGGUUUGGACGACGGUUUGCGUGCUGAACGUCUGGUACAGGAGCACAUCAACGCAUAAAAUGUCACCAUUCGUCCGGAGGCUGUUCCUGGAGAUUAUGCCAAAGAUUCUGAUGAUGCGCCGGGCCAAGUACACGCUGCCGGAUUACGACGAUUCGACGCCCAGCAACGGCUACACGAACGAAAUCGAGAUGAGUGUCAGUGAUUUUCCCGGCGAGUUCAAGGAGGGCGGCGACAGUUUCGAUAAUAUAGGAGUUAAUCUAUCGCACGGUUCAGUCGAGGCGGACAAUGUCAUACCGAAGCAAUUAUCACCGGAGGUGCUGUCCGCGAUACAGGCGGUAAGAUUUAUCGCCCAGCACAUCAAGGACGCCGAUAAGGAUAAUGAGAUCGUCGAAGAUUGGAAGUUUGUUUCGAUGGUGCUGGACCGGUUCUUCUUGUGGGUGUUUACGUUUUCCUGCAUUUUCGGCACGUUCGGAAUCAUCUUCCAGAGUCCGUCACUGUACGAUACGCGAGCACCGGUCGAUCAGCAGCUGAGCGAAAUUCCACUGCGCAAGAACAACUUUAUGCUUCCGCCGGACAUUGUGCGCAUCACGCUCGACUAAGCUGGAGCCUUGAGGGUCGUAGAA